GACCACAUCAGACAGGACAGUGGUGGACACUUUACUGCUCAGGGGGCUCUGAUCUCUUGGAUUACCUUUGCUUUGACCACGAGUGCCUAAAACUGGGGACUGUACACCAGCAGGUAGACGAUGAGGUCCAAAAGCAGCGGGGUGGAGAGCCCGGCCAAUGGGGUGCUCGGAGUUCCCCAGGGCGACCAUGACAUCAAGCAAGAACAGGAAGGGGGUCUACCCAGAAAGAGCCUGAAAGCCAAAGUUCAGCAGGAGGAGGGCGAGGACAAGGUGGAAGUGGAGGUGAUCUCCGAUAAAGAGAAGCUACCAGCCGACUCCACAGAGGCUGGGGAGCAGAGUGUGGGUAUCAUGGACCUGUCCAAAGAGGAUCUGCUCAAACUGCUGGGGAUCAUGGAGGGAGAGGUUCAGGCCAGGGAAGACGUCAUCCACAUGCUGAAGUCCAAGCAGACUCGCCCAGAGGUCCUUGAGUCACGCUACGGCUCGGCGGCUCCAGGCCCAGCCCUCCAGGCCCUGCAGAGGGACGGCCUCAUCGCAGGCACCAAGCCACACAACCACAACAUCUACCACAAGCCCAUGGCUGAGCUGGAGCGCCUGCAGGAGAAGCACAGGGAGACGUACCGGCGGAUGCUCGGUCAGCUGCUGCUGGCGGAGAAGUGCCACCGUCGCACCGUGCAUGAGCUGGACACGGAGAAACGCAAACACGCCGACUACAUGAACAAGAGCGACGACUUCACCAACCUGUUGGAACAGGAGAGGGAAAGAUUGAAGAAGUUGCUUGAGAACGAGAAAGCCUACCAGGUCCGAAAGGAGAAGGAGCACUCUAAACGUCUGGCAAAGCUUCGGGAGGAGCUGGUUAAGCUGAAGUCCUUUGCCCUGAUGCUGGUGGAUGAACGCCAACUGCACCUGGAGCAGAUGGACCAACAGAGUCAACGAAUCCAGGAACUCAGCCAGCAGCUACAGCAGCGUGAGCAGGCACUGCUUGAAGCCAACGGGAGAGCUCAGGAGGACAGCCACAGGGUGUCGAGCCUGGAAGCAGAGCUUAAGGAGAAGUCCACCAAGCUCACCCAGCAGUACGAGGAGAUGACUGCCAAGUUGGCCAGUCAGGAGUCCCACAACCGUCAGCUUAAUGCCAAACUUUUGGGGCUUACACAUAAAGUAGAGGAGCUAGAGGAGAGCAACAAGGCCUUAAAGAAAUCUGAGGAGGAACUGCAGGAGUUGAGGGAGAAGAUCAGCAAAGGGGAGUGUGGCAACUCCAACUUAAUUGCUGAGCUGGAGAACCUCCGGAAGCGGGUGUUGGAAAUGGAGGGAAAAGAUGAAGAGAUCACUAAGACCGAAAGUCAAUGUAAGGAAUUGAGAAAGAGAUUGCAAGAGGAGGACAGUAAGAGUAAAGACCUUAGGCUGGAGGUUGAGAAGCUCCAGAAAAGAAUGAUGGAGCUGGAGAAGCUUGAGAGUGCAUUCAGCAUCAGCAAAGCUGAGUGCACCCAACUGCACAAUGCUCUGGAGAGAGAAAGGAGCCUGACCAAAGAGCUGUCAGAUGAACUCAUAGCACUCAGGAUUCGAAUGAAAGAGCUUGAAUCUUCCGAGGUAAGAUUAGAAAAGUCUGAGCUGAGCCUUAAGGAUGACUUGAGUAAGCUGAAGUCAUUGACUGUUGCUUUGAUGGAUGAACGAAAGAAUCUGAUGGAAAGAAUGAAGUCAGAUGAGAAGACAAAGGAAGAUUUGAGUAAGAUGGUCAAGCUUGAGCAAGGUAAGGUUAUGGAGGUGACUGAGAGACUGAUAGAGGAAAGCAAAAAGCUCUUGAAGUUGAAAUCAGAGAUGGAAACCAAAGUAGAGACGCUAACCACUGAAAAGGGGGAGCUAAGCACUAAGCUAGCUUAUGAGAUGGAUAAAAGUAAGGAUCUCAACUCUAAAGUCAGCCAAAUGACAAAGAGACUAGAUGGGUUGGAGCAAGCAGAAAAACUCUCAGUGAAGAAUGCCAUGAAAUGUGAACUGGGAAGAUUUUCUGACCCUGCAAAGAGAGAAGAUAACAAAGUUAAGGAACUCACAUUUGAAAUUGAGCGGCUGAAAAACCGUCUCAAGCAGCUUGAGGUGGUAGAGGGAGAUUUGAUCAAGACAGAGGAUCAGUAUGACUUGUUAGAGAAAAAGUUCAUAACUGAACAAGACAAAGCCAACAUUCUUUCCCAGCAGGUUGAGGAAAUGAGAAGUCAGAUAGCACGAAACAAAGCAAUCGAGAAAGGAGAAGAGGAUAGCCAGGAGGAAGACCUCCGACAGCGAUGCAAGAGAGAGGAGGCCAAAAGCAGAGACCUGCAGGCUGAUGUUGUGGCCCUCAAGGAGAAGAUCCAUGAAUUGAUGCACAAAGAAGACCAACUGUCUCAGCUCCAGGUGGAUUACUCGGUCCUUCAGCAGAGGUUUUUGGAAGAGGAAGAGAAAGCCAAGAACAUGGGCACUGAGGUUUUCCAUCUGACCAAAGAGCUGGAGAUGACUAAACGUCAUAGUCGAGCUCUACGGCCCAGCUUAAAUGGGAGGAGAAUGGUGGACGUUGCCAUGACAUCCACUGGAGUUCAGACAGAAGCAGCAACCAGUGAGACAGCAGAGGAGGAAACCCCCGCUGUGUUUAUCAGGAAGUCUGUCCAAGAAGAGAAUCAUAUCAUGAACAACCUCAGACAGAAGUGCCUGAAAAAGCCAACGGAGAAGGCAAGUGCAAUUGAACGUUGCUCCUCAUCUAACAGUGACCUAGGAAUGAAGAAAUCCUGGAUUCCUUGGAUGAGGAAAAAGGAAAGCACGCCCCAAGGGAAUACCCUGGAAAAGCCACUUCACAUCAAUGGAGACUCCUUGCCCUCUGAACUAACAUUGUCUCAAAAGCAAGGCCAGCCUUUACACAUCCGAGUGACACCAGACCACCAAAACAGCACAGCCACUCUUGAGAUCAGCAGCCCUACUGCUGAAGACUUCUUCUCCAGCUCAGCUCCCCUCAGCCCCAACCCGGCCCAUCCCAAAUCCAAAAUCACAAUCAUUCCCACCCACUCUGCAGCCACCCAGAGAGGGAGGGCUACUCCUGGGUCUCGGGGCCCUGAAAGAGCAAAGUCCCCAGUUACUAUCACAACUAUAUCUAGAGCCAAGUCUCCGGAAAGCAGUCGAGCUUCAUCUUCAGCCUCAGGAAGGCCCUUGUCCCCUAUCUCCAUCAUGACAGUCAGCACUUCAGUGGUAUCUGAUACAUCUGCCUCUCCAGAACCCCAGGAGAUGACCAUGGGCCGCGCUGUGUUCAAGGUCACCCCUGAGAAGCAGAUGGUCCCAAUGCCUGUGAGGAAGUGCCACACCAACACAAACAUCAUCACCACCACUGAUGAUAACAAAAUCCAUAUUCAUCUAGGCAACAACAACAUGGGCCCUAAGAUGGUGGUUAGGCCCAUUGCUUCAGUAACAGACAAUAAGGAGAUGACCUUAUCCACCGGGACAGUUCUGCGCUCCCCGCGCCAAAUCACAGCCACUGCUACCAGGACCACACCCAGCAAAGUGAUGAGCAGCAUCACCAUUACUCCUGCUACAUCCACCCCUUCCAGACCCACAAACAGCAUGACUGGGCAUGAUGGCCAGCAACCCCGCGCAGGGCUGACCCGCAUCCCUAUGUCCAAGAACCUGAAGACAGGGAAGGCUGUGCUGGGAGCCCUCGGGAUCUCGGGUGGAGUGAGGCUGGAGACACGGGCAGAGACUCAGUCCAUGAGGAUAGAGGUUAAAAAAUCCACCGUCAACAGUAGUGCUUUUCAAAAUGGAGGAAAAGGCUGAUGGACACAGGGGAGAGAAGAGGGUGCUCAUAACAGUGACAUCUUAAUAUGGUGCUAUCGGAAGAUGAAAACAACAGCCAUAAAAGACAGAGCUAUGCUGUGCCGUUAUUCAACUCAUAAUCCUAGACGUUACAGUAUGCAGUGGAGUUUUGGUGUACUUGAAAUCAGUUGUAUAUUUUAUAUUUUUGCAAAGUAUUUUGUGCCUAUCUGUCUUAUAUCCAUCUCUGUCAUUUAGAUGACGAUGUAUUCCUUCAUAUUUACAGUAUGUAUUUUGAUGGGGAUUUUGGGUAAAAUACUGGUAGACUA